UGUGUCUUAUCAUCUUCAGAUAGAAAUACUGCACCCCAUUUCCUCUUAGGUUUACAAAGAACGCAUAUCUACCACAAUGAAGUUCGUGCACACCAUUGCCCUUAUUGCUACCUUCACCGUCGCCAGCGCUACGCCGACUGGUGGUACUCCGUCCCAAUGCACUACCGCGCAAGCUAAUAAAUGCUGCACUGGCUUGACUAACGGCAUUUUGAACCUGAAUGUCCUCCCUGCUCUUUGUCUCCCUCUCGUUGGAAGUUGCAACAACCAGGCAGCCUGCUGCGAGACCAAUGGCAUUGGCCUUUUGAACUGCCUCACUGUUCAGGUUUAGAUGAGCAGACGCUUGGAUAUGUGACGAUGUACCAACUUGGGUACAGGUAUUGAGAUAAGGCUUGCCCUGACGUAUUUGAUUUCUUCCUUUUUUUAUUCUAUUGUUAUUUUUCUCGUGCUUUGGAGGACAUGAACAGGACGCGUCGCUUGUAUGGAUACACUCAUUUAGUACGGGCAUAAACCCAAACCACAAUGCAAUGUCUAAGUGGAUGUUAGCUGUAUUGAAAGUGCACCAGCAGUAGAGGAUUAAACAUAGCUUUCCUGAAUAUAUGCAUCUCAGAUAGCUGUUGGUACAUGUUGGCACGCCAAGAUACAAACCUUGCCAAGUAUCUUUUGACCACCAGGUCCCUCAUUUGGUUUAGGCUGCUCUUGUUCACUAUCGCGUUCCUACUUUUAGUAUUUAGCCUGUUUAUCCUCGUACUGGAUAUUGAUCUCGCAGCAGAGGUGCUCGCUCAGGCUGCGUGAACUUUGACAACAGAAAAUAUAUACUACACGUGUGUUUCGCAAGAUGCCAUGUGGAAUUAGCAUAUGUUAAGC